CCAAUUUUCAUGCGUUUAGCUCUUCUCAUUGACUUCGAUUAUAUUGGCUUAUUAUAAUUUUUUGGAUUUUGAAGCUCUUUGACUUUAUUUUCACUGGUGAACAAUUUAUUCAUCUCUGUUUCGCUUGCAGAGUUCAAAUAUUGGAUUCGAUGGGUUGGUCCGACUUUGGUAUAAUAUAUAGUCUGUCAUCUGCGUAUGUAUAAAGCUUUAUCCUUUCUUCUAUGACUCAAAAAAUGUCGCUAAAGUUAUCAUUAAUUCAUAUUCUAGGACUAUAUCACACAAUUUGUUUACUUCUUCCGUGACUCGGGGCGGGGGGGGGGAGUUAUCAUCAAUUCAAAUUACAGGCCAGAUGACAGAGAUUGUGAUCGCUAUUGGGGCAAAGGUUGCUGAAUAUCUUGUUGCUCCAAUUUCACGCCAUGUUCGUUAUUUGCUGUGCUUCAACCAAUUCAUUGGGGAUGUCGAGAACUCAAAAAAAGAGCUGGAGGUGAAACUAGGAGACAUUAAACAGCGUAAGGAAGAAGCUGAUCGAAAAUUUGAAGCAAUAAUACCAUCCGUGAAGGAGUGGUUGCGUGACGUUCAAGCUAUCCUUGAGGAUGUGCAAGAGCUGCAACAUGAGGUUGAAGAAGGAGCAGCAAAGAAAUGUUUUAACGUGCGACGCAGGUAUCCUUUAGCCAAAAAAAUGGAUGAUAAGGCUAACCGGAUGAAAGAGCUGAAACAAGAUUCCAAUAACUUGGAGCCAUUUUCCCUGCCGAUCCAACUUCCAGGCAUGCUUGACUCUUCCAAGGACUUUGUAGAAUUCAACUCAAGGAAAUCAGCAUACAAUGAUCUUUUAGAGGCCAUUGAAGUUGGGAAGAACAAGAUUGGACUGUUUGGCAGCGGUGGCUCUGGUAAAACCACCUUGGCAACCAAGGUGGGUGACACAGUUAAACAAUUGAAGCGUUUUGACAAGGUGAUCAAAGUGGUUAUCUCUCAAUCUCUAGAUGUUCAAAAAUCCAAAAGGAGAUAAAAGAAUUGGCAGGUUUGGAAAUCAAGGAGGAAACCCAAUCUGCCGUUGCACAGAGGCUAUUAAUGGGAUUGAAAAGUAUGAAAAUUCUUAUAAUUUUAGAUGAUGUGUGGAUCAAACUAAACCUUGAAGAAAUUGGCAUUCCACUGAAUGAAGGUUGUCGUGUCUUGUUAACUACUCGCCGUCGAGAUGUAUGUGACUCCAUGGAUUGUGAGAGUAUAAUUGAACUGUCUAUCUUAAAAGAGGAAGAGGCAUGGGAUUUGUUCAAGAGGCAUGCGAAUAUAGCUAAUGUCUCGACGAAUGAUGAGUUUGAUGGCAUUGGAAAGAAGAUUGCUGAAGAGUGCAAGGGUCUGCCUAUAGCAAUUGUGACUUUAGGAAGCAUGUUAAAAGGAAAGAGUCUUCAAGUGUGGGAGUCAACUCUACGAAGGCUACGAAAUCCCACAUCGUCGGAUAUUGAAAAGGAUUUGGAGAAGGGGCUUUACGCAGUGCUUGAAAUAAGUUAUGACAAUUUGCCAACUAAACUAGCCAAGUCCCUCUUCUUAUUGUGCUCUAUGUUUCCUGAGGAUCAUGACAUCCAUGUAGAGGAUUUAAUUCGUUUUGGGAAGGGGACUCUUGAGCUGGAUGACGGUGUUUAUACAAUGGAGGAUACACGGAAAGAGAUUUUAGUUGCUAUUGAGAGGUUGUUAGAUUAUUGUUUGUUAAUGCCUGCCAAUAAGAAAGCUUGUGUAAAAUUGCACGAUGUGGUUCCGAGAUGUAGCCUUGUGGAUUGCAAAGAAAACUUCUCAAGCAGUUUUGGUCGAUAAAGAUGUUGUUUCAAGCAUGUUGGAUAAACAUCAAAGUUUGAAAGAUACAAAGGUACUAUCAUUGUGGAAUUUGGAUGAGAAUUUCAAGCUCUAUAAUCAAUUGCAUGCUCCAACACUUGAGAUUCUGCUACUUCAUCCUAAAGGGUUCAUUGAUCAUCUUGGAGGGACAGAAGCACUAAAAGUCUUGGCCCUCAUAACAUUUAGCUUUGAAUGGAAGCCUAGGUAUUCUUGGGAUAGAAUAACUAAAUGUUCAAUUUCACAAUCAAUUGUGUCAUUAACAAAUCUUCACACAUUAUCCUUUAGAGGAAAAAAAUUGGGUGACAUCUCUUUCUUGGGUGAACUUAAAGGAUUGGAGAUUUUGGACUUGCGUAGUUCUAAAUUUAAUGAAUUACCUGCUGGAAUUAUAGAAAUGAAAAAGUUAAAACUUUGGACAUGUUUGGUUGUAAAAUUGUGGAAAGUCCUAUGGAAGUAAUUGGAAGAUGUAAAACUUGAAGAAUUAUACUUUUGGGAUAAGAAAUCUGCCAUUCCAAAAAAUUUUCCUCAAUCAAGAUUGAAGAGGUAUGUUAUGUAUGACUCCACAUGCAGUUUAAAUGAACUUGAACGUCCUUUUCUAGAAUAUUUUGAUGGUUGUAUUGAAGCCUUAAGAGCUUUAUGUAUACAAGGCUUCAAAAUCCAUGCUCUUGGUUCAUCAAUGAAAGAUCUCAUUCUUAGAGCAAAUUGCCUUUGGUUGGAGAAUUGUAUGUGGGAUCAUAAAGAUCUAAAUUUAGAGAUAAAGCACUUAGUGGUUUUAAACUGUCCAGAGAAAAGGUUCAUCAUUGAUAACUUUGAUGCCAACAAUCUCCAAAAAAAACAAGCAUUCUCUUGCCUAAUUACUUUAUUUUUGAAGGGAAUGAGUAGUCUUGAACAAGUAUUCACCCAUGCCACUAUUACAAGCCUACCAAAGUUGAGGAAACUUAAGAUAUGUGAUUGCGGCAAAGUGAAAUGGCUAUUCCCUUAUUCUAUUGCUUGCCAUUAUCCUUCAUUAGAGAAAUUGAUCAUAAGGAGUUGCUCUAAACUUGAGAGGCUCAUUGGUGGAGAGGGUAAUCAUGAAGACUUAUCCCAUGAGGAUCAACCACAAUACCAAGGAGAGACCCUUUAUGAUAUGCAAGGUUCUCUAUAUGGGAAUGAGAAUGAGAGGGCAAAUGUAGGGGUUACCUCAAAAAGCUUGAAGCAGUUGCAAAAUCAAAAGCCCACCAUCCUUUCCAAAGUCUGAAAUUUCUAUUUAUUGAAGAUUGUAAAAGAAUGAAAGGUAUAUUUGAAGUGCACACAAGAGGAACAGUAGAAGCCCAAGAUCCUAAUUUGAAGCUCAUUUUGAGUUGUGUACGUUAAGAUUGUACGAAAUAGCAGAACUGGAAUAUAUUUGGAAGGGCCCCACACAAACUAUGAACCUCCAUAGACUUGAAAGAGUUGAUUUGCGGGAUUGUCCAAAAUUACAAAGUAUCUUCUCUCUUACCAUCCUUACAAGCCUCCCAGAGUUGAGGCAACUUAUGGUAUAUUACUGUGAGAAAUGGGAGGGAAUAUUUUGUGAAGAAUCACUUAAGAACCUUUCAUCUUUUUCUUCUGAUGUUUGCUUCCCCAAACUUUGGGAGAUUAUCAUAAGGGCUUGCAACAAAGUGAAAAGGCUAUUCUCAUAUUCUCUGGCUUCUCAUUGUCCUUCACUUGAGAGAUUAUAUAUUGAGGAUUGCUCUGAAAUUGAGAAGCUUGUUGAUAGAGACUCUGGUGAAGAAGCAGCACAUGGGGAUCGACUAUCGCUCCUCAAAAUGAAGGAUUUAACUCUAAUAAGUUUGCCGAAAUUGAGAAACAUUUUUGGAGGAGAAUUUGAGUACCAGUUGAAAUACCCCCAUGAUACACAUAAAAAUGAGAAUGAAAGAGCAAGGGUGGUUUCAAAAUUGUGUUAUUUAGAGUUGCAGAGUCUACCAGAAUUGGAAUGUAUUUGGAAGGGCCCCACACAAAUUAUAAGCCUCCAUAGGCUUGAACGUGUUGAAGUGUGGCAAUGUCCAAAAUUAAGAAGUAUCUUCACUCUUGCUACAGUCACAAGUCUUCCAAAGUUGAAGGAAUUUGAAGUAAGAACAUGCGAUCAAUGGGAGGGAAUAUUUUGUGAAGAAUUACUUCAAAACAUUUAUGUUGCAGAUUCCACUAUUUGCUUCCCAACACUUGAGACAAUUACAGUAACUCAUUGUCCCAAGGUGAAAAGGUUGUUCUCUUAUUCUCUAGCAUCUCAUUGUCCUUCAUUGAAGAAAAUAACUAUAUAUUACUGCUCUCAAAUUGAGGGGGUUGUUCAAGGCUACAAAGGUGAACAAGUCGGUGGUCAUGAUCAUCAAAAGCUGUUCCCUCAACUGAAUAAAUUAAAUCUCAGAGCGUUGCCAAAGUUGAGAGAGAUUUAUGAAGGUUAUGAAUUCAUUCAAUUAUCAGGAACCAUGAGCAUACAGGAUUGUCCAAGCAUAUGCAACAUCCCAUUAGACAAUUCCUCAUCAGAGUUGGAGAAAUUAUGGUUAGAAGAUCUAGGAGAGUUGGAAUGUAUUUGGAAGGGCCCCACACAAAUUAUAAGCCUCCAUAGGCUUGAAUAUGUUACACUGCAGCAAUGUCUAAGAUUAAGAAGUAUUUUUACUCUUGCUACAGUCACAAGUCUUCCAAAGUUGAAAAGAAUUGAAGUGACAGGUUGCAAGGAAUGGGAGGGAAUAUUUUUUGAAAAAUCACUUCAAAACAUUUAUGCUAAUUCCACUGUUUGCUUCCCAACACUUGAGACAAUUGAAAUAUUUGAUUGUUCAAAGGUUAAAAGGUUGUUCUCUUAUUCUCUAGCAUCUCAUUGUCCUUCAUUGAAGAAAAUAACUAUACAUGAUUGCUCUCAAACUGAGGGGGUUGUUCAAGGUUACGAAGGUGAGCAAGUUACAGGUCAUCAUCAUCAAAAGCUGUUCCCUCAACUGAAUAAAUUAAAUCUCAUAGGGUUGCCAAAGUUGAGAGAGAUUUAUGAAGGUUAUGAAUUCACUCAAUUAUCAGGAACCAUGAGCAUACAGGAUUGUCCAAGCAUAUGCAACAUCCCAUUAGACAAUUCCUCAUCAGACUUGGAGAUCAUCAAAUUAGAAAAUUAGAAAAUAAAGGAGUGAUGAUGAGCUUUAGAUCUAAUCUGCAGUAAUUUUAUUAACUGGGGCGUGGAGACGUUGGAUUUGGGUUCGUGUUGAAGAUUAUAGAAAAACUAAAAAGAUGCAUGUAAAAAUUACAUGUAUUUUUUACUUGAUGUGUUGGAGUUGUCUAAACAUAUAAUAAUUGUGUGGCUUGCGUGGACUUCCUAUUAUAUUUGCAACACUUGUAAUGUAUUUUAAUUUUUUUGACAUUGUAUUAAUCAGUGAUUUCUUAUAUUGUACUUUACUUCAUUGUGGCAACUGGCAAUAUAUGUGAUUAUCUUA